GAACGACGGUGACAAACUGGUGAGUUAAUGUCCUGUGAUCCUGAACACUAAGGACUUAGGGAAACUGCUGCGGUUAUGCUAUGACGUCUACCACCGCAUUCGAUGCCGUUUAUACCCCCCACUAUUAUUAGCUCAAAAGAGUGGGAGAUCAUUGCAGUCAACGUGAUUACGAAGUGUGGGUACCUGACAACUCAGCAGCAGUAGGCAUUUAGGCACAUUUUAGGUAAUUACCGACCUACGUCAAUAUUUUAUAAUGAUAAUGACACACAUCCUAUAGCGUGGUAUAGCCGUGAACAUCGUUAUUUUUUUAAGCCAUACUUCGGUCAGACUUCAGCAAAACCGGUUGGUUGUGUAGGUGAGAUGAUUCAGGAAUACAGACAGUCAGUGUUGAACACGCACUGUGUACAGAUCUCAAUGUUCAAAAACACUUCUCUGACCUCGCCACAUCCCGUAUUGGUUGAGCAGAGCGGAAAACCGAUAUGCAUCAGCCUGCUACCGUGCGAAAAACCAGAAAACAUGGCGGCCAGGAGGUGGGCGGACAUGCGCAGUGACACCAUCGAAGCUUCCGUGACACGUCCAAUCACUUCGACGCCAGGCGGAGACCAGUCAAAGUCGAUGUGAAAAUUCACCCGCGAGAAGUCUUCGAGGGGACAGCACCUUUUAAACAAUGGAUUUGCGAAAGGCAGAAGAGCUUUCAAUAAUUGACUGUUGUUCAGGAGGAUUGUCACUCAGAUGUCUUGUAUGUCUGCUGAUAUACUCGGCCAGUCAUGCAACUUUCGCUGCGGCUGCCUCCACAGGAGUGGAAACUUUCGAAGGCAGUGGUACGGGACUUCCACCUUUCCAAUGCGGCAACUCAGGCUGGUCCAUCCAACAGACAAGCGAAGGAAAUCUGGCAUUCGUCACCUGCCCGUCCAAGUGCUCACAUAAUGUGACCGUCUUGCGCGGAUCGUUCACAAACUUCGGCACAGCCACGGUGUCCUUCAACUACGCCCUCAACGUUGGAGACGCUACCAGUCUGCAAGCCAGCCCAGUUUUGAGUGUGUAUUGCGAGUCCCGUUCCGUUGUUCGUCUGUGGACUUCAUUGCAAGGUGGUGCUGCCAAUGGAAGUUGGCAACAUGCCGAAGUCAAAGUUAAACCUCCCGGUCGUACAUUCAACUUGAUUUUUGAAGCAAAUAUACAAGAAAUCGGACAAGUCAUAGGAUUGGAUAACGUGGUUGUUCAAGACGGAAAAAACAAGGUGCCUCCGGCUCCUACGAUCCCGCUGGCGUAUCCUGCCAAUUGCUUAGAGGAUGGACGUCCAACAUAUAUUCCAACUGACGGGGACCAGUCUACAUCUCAAUCGACAGAUGAAACGACACCAUACCCUUCAGAUGUCUCCCCAGAAAAUACCUUCGGACUCCUUGAUAAUGAGACGACGCUGCUGUUUGCUCAGAUCUUGGCCAUUCUUUCUGUGUGCGUUUGCUUCAUAACCGUCGGCAUUCACUGCCUUAUUUGGAGAAAACAAAGAAGACUCCACAAAAUUUCAAGUGUUGUUCAUCUGCGGCCUAAAGCGACAUCAGACGUGCCCCACGACAGCAUGCUGCUGGAAAUGAACCUGGUUGCUUCAGACCAGCCGGACCAGCCAACCAGCAACAGCCUGUGCGAACCCACAAAAACCAAAUGUCUGCAGCAGCUGAAGGAAUCAGACAUCCUGCAAAAGCAAGAUCCUCGUCGAGCAACCAUUGCCCACGGGGCAUCCGGGUCCAUGGCACACCACAUGGCGAAAGACGGUAGCGAGGAUGACGACAGUGAUGAUGAGCAACAGCUCCCUCACCCGAGGACCAAAAGCCUUCCCUGUCGACCUCCCGUCAACGUCUACGAGUCUAUCGACGAGGUCGGGAAGUAUCAGCCGCUGACCUUCGGUAAGCGGCCCGCACCGGGCCCACCAGCGCCUGUGUUACCCAAGGGAAGGAAGCUGCACACUCGCGCUCGUGGAGUCCAAAACCUCGCCGCCGUCAGGAAAUACAGACCAAGCUCCGUGCAAUACGAGGAGAUAGGCAACCGCAAGAAUGGAUUGCUCAUAGAGGAGCCCAGAGACCGAAGCAAGUCCGCGUCCCACUAUGACUAUGUGAAGCGGAAGUCGGUCCAGCAGAGUCCCCGACGUAACGGUUCGAAGCACGGCCAGGCACCUCGCCCCAAGGGUCGAGCCCCGGCACCGCCAACUAGGUUGUACGAUGAGCCCGUGCGGAAAUCAAGGCCGGUCGUGAAAGUCGACAGUGCACCGACCUUACUGCUUCAAAACCAGGAGUCAUCAGCUGGAGAGAGUUUGCAAACAGACUACGAAAACACCUUGGAAAAACCAAAGGUUGUGUACGACAGACCGACAACAAUCAGCGAGGAAACCGAGGCAAAGCCCCCAGGGGACUGCCAGUAUUUCACGCUGGAGCCGCCCGCCAUGGGACGAUACGCAACCAGCGAGGAUUCCGAUGAUGAGCACGAGAGCGAGCGGGACAUCAGCCGGUUCGAGGACGCGGAAGAAACUGACCCGGUUCCAAAUGGCACUGCGUCGAUCGCACUGCGCCCUCUGUCGGCAAGUGUGCCUAUUGAUAUACCCUCGCCAAAAGCACAAACGAUGGCCGACUUUGACGUUGAAUCUUCGUGUCUGUGAAGGAGUGUUCAAGUGGUUGGCAGUCACAGCUUGUCAUCUGUGCGUGGCUAUGGCUGGUCAACGCAGCAAGCAAAUAGCACAAUCUGAAGCCGGAGCCACAAAAGCCCGAUUCGAAUGCAGCCUUUUGAGAAACCUUUGACAUUGCAUUGGAACUGGCGAGUUUUAUUGUCGCGAUUGACAAAAUGUUUUUAAUUGCUGGAUCAAUAAAAUCUUUUGUAACUGACGAUAGACAUCUCUUGAGUAUUUUCGUGCAAACCAGAGAGCCUGCAAGCGGGGACAAACAUGACUCUUUUUUUGUGUGGAAGGAUUCAUGAAUAUUUUCUAUUUUUCAAUCGAAUCUUGAACAGCGCUAUUUUAACACCUAUGUUCAUAGUGCUCGUGCGAUAAAAAAACCCCCAGGAUUGUAUAUAGAGGGAAUACGUGCAGAUUAACCACGAAGCCAGUUAAAAUGUAAAUAAAUAGUUACAUCAAAUGGAACGCCUUGAAAACAGACGAUAGAAAAUUGAGAAGCCUGUGUUACCUUGAUAAGUAUUUCUGUAACUUAUGUAAAGUUUUGAAUUAAAGUUUAAAAAUAACCUUUUCCGCGUUUUAAUACUCAGAUAUCACCCAGAAAGAUUUUUUUAUGUGAAUAUAUGAGAAUCAUAACUCUAUAUGAAAAAGAUCCCAUAUAUAUGAUCUAGCACCUUAAGCCUAUGGUGUUUCUUGCGAUAAGUCUCCAGUAAUAAGGUACUUUCCGUCACAGCGGGUACUCGGAAACACUGAAUGAGGUGUGUACGUGUUCCAAUUACAUCUUGUCAAACUAAAUCUGGUUAUGGAUUAAAAUUAAACAAGAAAAACAAAGGAAAAAAAAUGGGCAACACUUCUAAGGAUACAUGUUUAAUAUUUUCAGUGUGUUGAGCGGAUAGAAAGGUUUAACACGUUAUUUCGGAAGAAAAGAGUUACUUCUUUUUUAUAAUUCAAGUUAGGUAAUUAAGUUGUUUGCGCUUGCCGUAAUUCGGAAAGAUAUUUUUGGUUAACAUAUAUACAGCACUUAAAGUGAAAGUUUCAUUUGAUUAAGGACUAUUUUAAGUUUUUAUGUGUAAAGAUGUCUUUGCAUUGAGAUUAACCAAGGAACUGUAGAUAAAAACAACGAUUGGAAACUAUA